AUGCCCUGUUGUUGUUUGAGCUACCUGAUGCAAGCGUUCACCAAACGAUUUCGAUUGCUUGAAGAAAUAGAGGACUACUGUCUUGGUGGAUUUCACCCCGUACAUCUCGGGGAUAAAUUGGGAGAUAAAGGCCGUUAUCGAGUUAUCCACAAGCUUGGCAGUGGCGGGUUGGCCACUGUGUGGCUUUGUCGAGACCUUGAGGCGGAAAAGUACGUUGCCUUAAAGAUCAUUAUAGCCGCCCAAUCACGCGAAGAUGGCGCCGACUUGAAAAUGAUGAAGCUUGGGAAACCUGGAAGUGAAGAGCUCGGAUUACCCGAACGUCAUUUCUGGAUCGAAGGACCGAAUGGCCGGCAUCUCUGCUUGGUUCUUCCUGCCCUCGGACCACGAAUUGAUGAUAUUUGGGAAGUUUUUGACAAUCCUGGUAAAACCUUGAGAUCCAUCGCAUUACAAGCCACAAAAGGACUUCACUUUCUUCAUAGCAACGGUUUAUGCCAUGGUGAUUUCCGUCCUGCAAAUAUCUUGCUCAAGAUAUCCAACUUGGACCAUCUCAGCGAGGAGGAAGUCAUCCAGGCACUUGGCAAACCUGAAACUACGGACGUCCACACAACGUUAGGCGACGACCCCGAACCGAUGGCGCCGAAGUAUACCGUAGCACCAAUAUCCUGGCAUGAUGUUGACCGGAAAUAUCUAACCGACCAGAUUUCAAUAAUUGACUUUGGCGAAGCAUUUGAAACAGCAACCCCUCCCAAGGAGUUGGGAACGCCAACCGCCUACUGCUCACUUGAACUCUUGAUCGACAAUUUGCCCAGUUUGGCGAGCGACCUCUGGGCUCUUGCAUGCACUAUCUCCGAAAUACGCUCUGGUCGGCGCCUUUUUCGCGAUUGGGACGGAGAUGGAGAUGUUAAAUUUCAAAUGGUCCAGCUACUGGGGAAAUUUCCUGAGCCUUGGUGGUCUUCUUGGGAACGCCGAGAUAAUUGGUUUGAUGAUGAAGGCAACCCGUUCAUAAGGGAGAGCGGACGUAUCUCUGUGAAGGGGCCGAGGACAAUUGAAGGCUAUUUAGCGGAGGGACUUCACUUCAAAGUCUUGAUUACUGGUGAACCGAAAAGCCUCACGAUACCUUCCGAAGAGGUGAAGGUGUUGGCCGAUCUUCUAGGGCAAUUGCUGAGGUAUGAUCCUAAAGAACGCAUUACGACUGGAGCUGUACUCGAGCAUCCAUGGUUCAAGCUAUAGUCAGAAGAGCUUUGAAGAGCUAUCAAUGUUCGCAAACACUUAGAUCUAUCAUCCAAAUUCUGAG